AUGGCAACAAAACUAGACAAUUUUUCGCUUGAUGCUAGGGAUUGGUAUCAACAUUGGUUCGAUGAAACUGGGAUAGACUUCGAAGAAAAUCUGCUUGAACUUCGCGAUUUUAACCGCGCCCACCUCAUCUUCCCGCUCUUCCUAUUUCAUGUUGAGAUGAUAUGUUCGAUUGUCCCAAGAAAAGAGGCAAUCACCAUGCGCACUGAACUCGAAGACGCCCAAGCUUCCUUUAACAUCUUGACGGUAGAGUCGAAGUCUGAGAGCUUGGACGCCAAUCCACAGUUGAUUUCAGAAAUUGCCAAUCAUCUCAAAAGACAAAUGCGUGGCUAUGGAAAAAGUGCUAUUCAACCUAUCCUCUGGAGUUAUUUGAAGUUUUGGAUGGCCACUCGGAGGAAAGAAGUUUUCCUAGACGCAAAAUCAGAGAAAUCGGCUAAUACGUUCAAGAAGGUCAAGGAAUUAUUCAAUAACAUCUAUUAUUAUUCCUAUUCAUCUCAGCAUCAAAUGUACAAACGCAGGCUCUACUUCGCUCGUCGUCAAAUGUACAAUUCAUUUAGAACUUUGACUACCUGA